AUCAAGACGAUAAUUAUGAAACGGAUUUUGAACAUAGUGUUGAUGAUCAGACACAAAUGGAUCAAAUUGAUGAUGAAGUAGAUGUAACAGACUCUGGAAAAAACAUACAACUUUCGAACGACGAACGACGAUUAUUGAUUGAUGACGAACCUCACCUUUUACAAAGACGAGAAGAAAUUGACGAAUUUGAAGAAGAUCUCAAAUAUGAUAGUUAUCUAGAAUAG